AUGUUUAGGCAUAUUUUAAAUUUUAUGCGAAAUUCGAGGCUGCUCAUUCCCGAUAAUUUCCAGGACCUAGAUUUGUUAUUGGAGGAAGCCAAAUACUUUGAUAUUACACCUAUGGUGAGACACCUGGAACAACUCAAAAAAGAGCGGUUAAAAAACGGCUUGGUGUCCCACAAGCCCCAACCGGUGGGAGACGACCCUGGACAAUAUCACAAAACAGGUGAGAACAACCGACUAGGACAAGAAAUGUACGAGUGCGUAGCGAUGCACGUAAGUCCCGAUCUGGGGGAACGCAUCAUGCUCUCCGGUGGCAGAUCGCUUCUCGAUGAGGUUUUUCCCGAAACCAAUCAGGCGGUGAUGGACGCUAGAUCAGGAGUGGCUUGGAAUCAACAAGAUGCUCAUCAUGUUAUUAGGUUUCCUUUAAAUGGUUAUUGCAAACUAAACUCAAUGCAAGUGAUAACGAGGUUACUGAACGCAGGCUUCAAGAUAGCAGCCAGCAACGGUGGCGGAGUGGAAGGACAGCAAUUUUCUGAGUACCUGUUCAUCAGAAGAGUACUCCCGGGCUGA